UUUAAAUAUGGCUGCUGUUAAAAGAGGAUGUCAGUUUAUUGAGCAGCUGGAGUACAUUGUAACAGCGGUGUCUUCGUUUAGAUUUGUUAUAUAGAUGCCGGAUUAUAAAUAGGUUUAUGUAAGCGGCGACGAUUGAUAGAUGUAUGAGAUUUAUGGCAGGCGACAUCGAAGGUCUGCCAGAGCACGUCUUCAAGCUCAUCUACAUCAGAUCGUGAUCUGGCUCAAUGGACUAACCAGCCGUGCUGCAAAGACAGAGAGUCCUCCUCAGUGCACAGCGUAUUUAUGAUUUGUGUUUUCAAAAUGAUGUCUUUGUAAAAUAUUAUGUUUUCAUCGAUUUAGAUACUGAGCAUGGAAGGGUAUCUCUGCUGAUGUCUCUCUAUAUCCUCCGAGAACAUGAUUGGCUCACCAGAUGUGGUGGCUUUGACCAAAGAAGAUGACUUUGGGGACUCUUUCACAGAUCCAUGCUCACUUCCAGAGGAGUUUUCUGUGCCUUUGUUUGCUCAUGCUGCCAAUGCAAAUCCCUGGACGAAGACAUCCUAUGCGAAAUUCUCAAAAGAUUUCAUACUCGUCUCUGAAUUUUCAGAACAGGUCGGUCCACAGCCUUUACUCACCAUUCCCAAUGAUCCCAAAGUGUGUGGGACAUUUGACCUUAACUACUUCUCACUUCGCAUCAUGUCUGUGGACUACCAGGCAUCCUUUGUUGGGCAUCCUCCUGGCAGUAACUACCCAAAGCUCAAUUUUGUGGAGGACUCAAAAGUUGUCCUGGGUGAUUCCAAGGAAGGGGCGUUCGCUUACGUCCAUCAUCUGACGCUGUACGACUUGGAGGCUCGUGGAUUUGUGCGCCCCUUUUGCUUGGCCUACAUUUCCGCAGACGAAAGGAAGAUCAUGCAUCAGUUUCAAGAACUGUCAUCCGAGUUUUCCAAGGCUUCCGAAUUUCUAAAAUCAGGCAACAGGAAAGCUUUUGCAAAUGAACUGGAAAAGAAACUGAAAGACCUGGAGUACACCAGAUCGGUGCUGCACAAAGAAACUGAGCUUCAGAAAAUGAACAAUGGCUGUUAUUCCACACAAGCUAUUGAGAAGGCGAAUGAAUUGGCAAAUGUGGAGAAGUCCAUCUAUGAACACAAAGAUCUGCUGAGGCAAAUAACGUCUUAUCCUUCCAGGAAAAAGAAAGAUGUAGAUUUUGUCCAACACGAGACGGAGAAACCGGCUGACACGAGUGUAAUCGAUGAUACACUAAAUAGUAAUCAUUCGGACGUUGCAGAUAAGACCGUGGAAACUGAAAGCGAGAGUAUAAAGUCCUCUUACACGCCUCAGCUCAUAAAGGCCAAAUCUGCAAAAUGCUUUGACAAACGCUUGAAAACGAUGGAAGAGCUCUGCGAUGCCAGCUUUUUCCACCAAACUCGAGAGCAACUAAACAUAAUUGAGAAGUCAUUCCGAGGAGAUCUAUGCCUUAUUUACACUAGCCAGAUCGACAGGGCUCUUCUGAGCAAACAGAGCGUUACUAGUUUCCUUUUCGAAGCUGAACGCAGCUGGGAGUACGGAGGAACCUCAAAGAACUUCAGUAUUUCUUCCAACAAUCCAACUGUCCCCAUUCUGAACUUAUCUGGCGAGCCGCUGAGUCUCGACUCGUACACCACCUGCAUAGAUGUAGAUCACAUUAAGCCAGGUGUGGAGUCUAUGGACGGGCCUCCUGAGUCCAGUACAUCUGACAUUACGCAGGAAACCUCAGAGGCCGCCGACACGGAGACCAAAGGGAGUUUUAGUAGUGACAAGAGCAUUGAGGCUUUUGGAGGUGUUAGUCCUUCCAGUCUACAGGCAAAUUACUUUGAUGGUCUAGAACGAAAGAGCAAGGUAUCCAUUGCAUCACCAUCUGAAAACGCAUCUAGCUCUGUUGCUGUCCCACAAAGGAUGUCUGACGGGAAUCUAGUCCCGAUGGAUACAGCCUGCUGUAUUGGACAGGACGGUUUCAUUUUUGAGGAACCUUUACCUGAGCUCGCUCAGGAGUGCUGUGGUGACACAGUGGUGAACAAAGAACCUCUGUCUCUUCUUCAGGGAGACCCUGCCUUACAGGUGGACUACACUUUGGAAGAGUCAGCCCUCGCAGAAAGCCCAAACAUGGGACUGACUUUUUCUGAGCUAAACACUGAGGAGGUGGAAAAAAUUAAUAUCGAAGAUGUCUCCGAUAGUACGAGCUUCAUGAGCGCCUCCACCAGUUCUGACCGAGCGGUGUCUCCGUUCACCUACAGCAGUGCGUUGACGCUAAAGCAGAAGAAGAAAGCUGGUCACAGCGCUCUUCGAUUCAUCAGGCAAUAUCCGUUUGCUCAGCAAGCCAUUUUCUGCCUUCUGAGUGGCCGAACGCUCGUUAUUUUAGGGGUGGAUGAGGGCACGGUGAGGAAGCUAGUCAAUGCUUUGUUCAUUUUCGUUCCCAAUCUCGGCAAGUACGGCGAAACCGUCCAACCGUGGCUUUCAUCGCCAUUUCAGCUUACCGACCUGCAGAGAUGGAAACUUAUUGGAUUGCAGAGAGCUGCCUCCCCGGCUGGAACCAGCAUUCUCCACUCUUUGAAUCGAUACAGCCGUUACAUAAGCAUUUUGGACUGUGACAACAAGACCCUCCGGUGUCCCCCAUACAAAGGAACACUAGUAAGCCAUUUGGCAGACCACAGGACUCAGAUCAAACGUGGCAGUACCUACUUCUUCCAUGUUCAGGGCAUGUUGACUCAGCUUACAGCCAAGGCCUUCCUAUAUACAUUCUGCCAUCACAUUCACCUUCCCAUGGACAUCAACGACCAGGGCUCGGUAACGUCGCGCAGGACUAAUUUCUUGUUGCAGCUUGGCUACACUGUGGAAGAGAGUAAAAUCGUCCACUACCUGAGUGAGCUCAUCAAGCUGCAUUACAUUCAGGGGUCCUCGAAGGGGGGCAACCAGUCUUUUUGUUUUAAUUACACCACCAGCUAUUUGUACAAAAUCUGAAUGUGUCCACUAUCUGUUCCACAUUAACCCCAAUAAAAUCAGGAGACCAAAUGUAUUGAAUGUAAUCCCCUUUGUUUUUGUUCAUGGCAUUCCAGGAAGCAGCAGGUUAAACGUCUGGUGUUAGAAAAUGUGGUCUUGACUAUUUGUUUAGUGUAGAGGUUGCAUACUUAAAUCUAUUGCCAAACCGUCUUCAGUAAAAUGGAGAAAAUGGUUCCUCUUGCGGUCAGAAGACCUUACAAAAAUCUAUGAAAUAAAAUAAAGACUCAGCUAAAUUUUACUGUCGUUCAAGCACAAGUAGUUGUUUUGAAAGAAGCCAUAUGAAACGGCUAAUUUAAAUCUGUGUAGUCACAUGCUUGUUUUCAUUGACAGCUACAGCUACAUGGGAACAGCAGCAGGAGAGUCUCUAAUCACCAUUUAAUUAAUCUGGUCCUGGUAUCCCAUUUAAUAAUUAAUGCUUUUUUUGUCUUCACAAGACAAAACUGUUGCUGCAUGAAAAUCACAAGCAUAAUUUAAUGGAACUAACUUGCGUGGCAACAGAACAGUAUUUUAUAAUACACAUUCUGCUCAAUACGCAGCCUUUAUAAAAUGCAUUAGCAUUAUAUGUAUUUCAAUUAGCAGAUCAUUUGAUGUUAAUUCAUGGAUUGGUCAGUAAUAUGCUUUUUGAUACUUGCUUUCUGAGCUUAAGAAAUAAUUAAUACACUAAACUGAUUAAUAGCAUAGGGAAAACAUGCAAAUUUGCAGAUUUAUCCUUUUUUCUGCCCUCUCCAGUGGACAUAAAAUCUGAGGGGAAAACGGAAUAUUUUUAAUAAUACAAAAAUGAACAAAGGUUAAAGGCAUGGUUAAACAAAAAUGGAGCCAACUGCCCUUUGGGUUUUAACGUAAUUGUGUGAUAAGGUGAACGAAUGUACUGCAUGUAAGUUGUCACAUUGUGGAGAACUGUUACACAACUUUUCUGCAUGUUUGAAGAACACAAAAAUGUAAUGACUGCAAAAUAUGGUGGCAAUUUAUAGACCCUUCCAUUGUAUCUCAUGUGUUGUGCUGUUCAGCCUUUCUAGAUAUAUUUAAAAUGGAUAGAAAUUGUUGUCUUAAGUUGUGUGCAAGCAAUGUCAGCAUGAGUAACUGUGUGGAUGAAGUGGCACUUCAUUCUAAUGGCUGUUGCAGUGAUGUGAAAUGAAUGAUAAUGGUGGUUGUUGCCGAAAUACAUUGUCUGUAAUUGUUAUUCCCACUACUGCAUGAUAGCAGUUGUAGUCCAAAAUUACAGAUCUUGACUGCCACCGCUGUCUCAUCGCAAGUGUGUCUUAAUAUCAAGUUGUUUUGGCUACCCAGUAAUUAUUGGCCUUUGCAACGAUUUGUCAGACAGAUUUUUUUUUUAGCAUUUAAUUCCAGUCUGUUGAAUGUAAAUUGAGAAUAAGCCAUACCAUUAUACGCACAUUAACUUCUAAGGUUAUUUCUUUUUGCUGUUUCUGAACACAUCUUUUUUGCUGUAACUGUCUAAAUCAUGCAUUUGUGUUGCUACUUUACACAUCUAUUUGAAGAGUAUUGUGAGCUUGUCCGGGGUAAGGUGAGGUAUAUUCUUCAUGCUAAAAUAUUUAUGGAUGUUAAGUCAAGUAAAUUUUGAGGGUCAUCUGUGUGCUUUGAGUUGCUGCCCACUGUGAAAUUUCUCUGCCUUCAAUUUCAUUAAAU